AUGGCUUCCAUGAUUGCAACCUUGCCACCACCAUUGCUACUUCAUCAUAGUAGAAAAUUAUUUUCAGGGAAUUUCCAGAAUUUCCAUGUUUCUGUUCUUUCAGGAAGACGGAAUAGCGUUGCAUUUGUUGUGAAGGCAUCUGGAGAAAGUUCCGAAUCUUCAACUUCACUUACUGUUCUCAAAUCUGUUCAGAAUGUGUGGGAUAAACCUGAGGACCGGUUGGGACUAAUCGGUUUGGGCUUUUCAGCUGUAGUAGCAUUUUGGGCAUCGACAAAUUUGAUAGCGGCCAUUGACAAAUUGCCAGUUCUCCCGAUUUCGUUGGAACUAAUUGGAAUACUUUUCUCAACGUGGUUCACUUAUCGCUAUCUCUUAUUCAAGCCUGACCGGGAAGAACUUUUCCAAAUCUUGAACAAGUCAGCUUCAGAUAUCUUGGGCCAGUAA